UAAAUCUAUGAUUGAUUUUGUACCAAACGUCUCAAUUGAAACUUUUUUAAAGUUGGCUGUAGACUUGGAUUUAAAUUGCAAAGACAUUGCAAAACGUUGGCCAGACAUAGAAGACAAAGUUGAAUUUAUCAAAUACGCCUUCGAAAAUGACAAUUGGCUUCAAGCGAUGACUUUAUUUACAAAGGAAAGCCAGAAGUUUUAUCAAGAUUUACUGUACUCCCUUAAAAAUCCACCAAACAACUCAAAAAUUACUGACACUAUCCUAAAAGAUACAAACACUACCGGUUCAAACGAAAUGAAAACAGAGCUUUUAAUUUUUCUUUGGGCUAUUGAAAAUGAAAAGUUUACUGUAGCAAAGGGUCUGUGGAUGGAGACGGGAAAUAUGAUGACCGCCGCUCUUCUCGCCUAUACGUGUUUAAAGAAGAUGAAAAACGACAGAACUGAAGCAGUUGAUGAUUUGAAAAGACUACAAGAAAUGUCACAAUAUUACAAUGACAAAGCAAAAGAUAUUUUGACAAAAUGCUCAAGGGAUGAAAAGGAAAAAACUAAGAAGAUCCUUGUUCGAGACCGAGAUGAGCUUGAUGGAAAGUCCUUAUUGCAAAUAGCACAGAACAACAAACAAUUUAUUGCACACGAUGCAUGUCAUUCUAUAAUGAACGAAAUAUUUUAUGCUCCACUCGAAAUAAAACAAAAAAGUUAUCGAACAAUGCGAAUACUAGUGUGUGUGUUAUUGCCAUUUCUAGCACCAUUACUACUACGAUUCAGAAAAAGUGCAAAUGAGGAUGACAGCAAAAACCAGCGAUCAAAGGCGAUAAAAUUUCGGAACCAGGUUUUGGACUUUUGGCAUGCACCGGUAGUGAAGUUUGCUUACGACGUACUGACAUUCGUCAUAUUUCUUACCUUGUUUGCGUUGGAUUUAAUGUUUGAUACUUCUAAAUUGACAUGGAACGACGGCAUUAUUAUUGCCUAUGUCGUAUCAAUAGCUAUUGAAGAAUGCAGACAAAUGGGAAGGCGAGGAGUACAAUACAUUCAUGACCUCUGGAAUGAAAUGGACAGGAUCUCGCUUCAACUAUUUGUGUUUGGCAAAUUUUUUACCCAUACCAACUAUGCACCAGAAUACGGUCGUGUUUUACUUGCCUUUUCCUUCAUUGUGUUUUCGAUUCGGCUUCUUCGAGUAGUCGAAAGCGUACCAAAGAUAGGACCGUUACUGAUAAUGAUAAAAAAAAUGUUGGCUGAUACAUUUUCUAUUUUUGGAAUUAUAAUGGUUGUGAUGGUAUGUUAUGCCGUUUCUUUACGUGCAAUUUUGUACCCAAACUCGGCGUGUACGUGGUUAUCAUUUAUCACGGCAUUUAAGGAACCAUCCUGGCAAAUAUUUGGGGAGCUUGUUGAGGUUGAAUUAGAAGGUGAUGCUGAAUGUGAAGCCAAUGGAACAGUGACAAACAGCACUACAUUCUGUCCGUCCACUGUCGCGAGAUUUUGGACUCGCCUGCUGCUUUGGUUUUACAUGUUAACCGUACAAGUGCUACUCAUCAACCUCCUUAUUGCAAAGUUCACACACGCCGUUGAUAAAGUUCAGAGAAAAAUCGAAAUGCAUUGGCGUUUUCUGCGGUGUGGGCUGAUCAGAGAUUAUGUUGAUCGGCCAAUGAUUUUCCACCCAUUCCAUUUCUUUUAUCACGUGUACACGUUUAUUCGCUUGCGCGCAUCUACCAAUGAUCAUAUAAAAAGCCAAUCUGGACACUCUGAUCCAUAUUGUGUCACAUUACGACCCGGAGAAAACAUUAGUCUUAGGGCUUGGGAAAAAAGACGUGAACAAGUAGUACUCAUAGAGAAGCGGAGAAAUCCAUGCCCAACAUGUGCUUGUUAAGGACACUCUCAGAAUGCUUGAGAUUUUCACUAGAAAUAUUGAGUAUGUAUCGCAUGUAGACAUACAAGGCCCAUAAAAAACUGCCCUUGACGCUUUUUUACAUUUUCAAACAUCAGAUAACAUUAUUUAUAAAUAUAAACAUAUACAUAUUUUAUAUAUCAAGGGCUAUUAGGAAUGCCAAAAGCAUUUCAUUCAUGCUUAUAUAUCAAGAAAAUGACAUUGUAUCUGCUUUAAAAUUACUGUGUGUUUUGUAAUCAUAUCAAGAUUUGCGUUACAAUUACAAAUAUCAUCGCUAUGUUACAAUUUUUUCAGGAUCUUUAUAUUUUGGUGUGUUAUCUGGGGUAAAGAUAUCUCUUGUAGUUAUUUUUUUUUUGGAAAAGCUGAAACGUAUUUAUAAACUGUUCAUUUUCCCUCACACAAAUAGAAUAAGUUAUGUUAAAAGAUGAACACAUUUUUGUGUAAACGGUAUCCUGAUAUGGGUUUUCUCGGUUAAAAAUUAGGUCACUAGGUCAAAUUAUAGGUUCGCAAAAUUGCUUCGUCAAUACAAAUUUGCUUUUAAUACGGGCUUGCCGCAUUGGCGUCUUAUACAAACAUCAUUGUUCGUUUGGAAAUAUAAGCAUAAAAGUACCAUUGAAGUACCCGCUACAUGAAUGUUUAAUUCGGACCUUUCUAGUAUAUUUGUUUGUUGGUGUUCUGUGCUGUUGUUCCGUGUUUAUUGUUUGUGUUUAUUUUUAUGUUAUUUUGGCGUUUACCCAGUGCCAUUAAACAGGGUUUAUGUUUAGACUGUUGGCUACUGAGCUUGUUUCUUUAGAAUAUCACAGACGUUUAGUGUUGACAUUGUUGGUAAUGUAAGGUAUGCUUUCUUUAGAACAAAUAUACAUUUCAUGCAACUAAACAUAUCGCUCAUAAACUCCGUUUUAACAAUAUACAAAGAUUUUAUCUUUUUCAUAUGGGACACUGUUUAACUUACACUUGUUAACAUGUAUACAGAUACACCUAACACUUGAAUAUUAGCACUUUGAAGAUACCAUAUCUUAAAAAAGAGAUUUGAAUGGAUAAAGUUAUGGUUUUAGAGAUUCGAUCAAUAAAUACUGUAUUAGGUAAAUACAAUCA